AGGAAAUCUAUAUUCCACGUUAAUUCGAAGUAUUUCCACUUGGCGUUGCUUCCGCUCUCUUGGCAUUUUUACUUUUACCGACUAGUAGUCUAUGUAUAUUCUUAAUUUUAAAUGAGCUAUUGCCUUUUUUGAAGUGUCCCUCGCGUGGUUUACGUGUUAACAAAGGUGAUUUAGUGAUUAUGGGUGGUGAAGAAGGUUUAGGAGUGACUACAGGUCAACCAAAUCUUUAUAAACAAGAUCUCUCGAAGCUUGAUGUCAGCAAAUUAACUGCACUAUCUCGCGAGGUCAUCAGUAGACAAGCAACAAUUAAUAUUGGUACCAUUGGUCAUGUAGCACAUGGAAAGUCUACAAUUGUAAAAGCUAUAUCGGGAGUGCAGACUGUUCGUUUUAAAAAUGAAUUAGAAAGGAACAUCACUAUUAAACUUGACGCUCAUGCAGAGGGCAAUACCAGAGGGGAACAAGAAGAAAAUCUUGGUUACGCAAGCGAAAUGUCUUCUACACCAGAAAAAAGACCAGCUUCUCCAGGAUUAGCUCAACCAUUGGCCAAACAUCGAAAGCUUGAUCAAAGAUUUGUUUCUGCUGAAGAAAAUAAUUACAAUGAUAACUCUUAUCAUGAAGAUAAAUCAAGGAGCAACAACUUAAGCAGUAAUAAUGUUCAUUUUAAAAAGAACCAAGAAGAGAAACAAGCAAAUAACAAUAGAAGAGAUCUGAAUUUUUCUGAUAAUCAAGAAAUUAGUACAGGAAAUAUAGGACUAAGCAAAUUAAAUGCCAAUACCAAUAUUGAAAAGUAUCAAAUAGACUACAAAAAAAAUUUACAAAAUAUUAGACUGAAGGAGCUCAGAGUUAUAUUGGAAGAUGUAAGAUAUAUGGAUAUAAAACAUGAAAAUAAGAAGAGAAUGAAAAAGUUACUAAUGGAGACUACUCUUUGGGAAGUAGAAAAGAUUCUUGCAAAGAAAGAAUUAAAAGGAGUGCCAACUUAUUUAAUCAAAUGGAAGAACUGGAAUUCACAGUAUAACACAUGGGAACCAGCGUCGAAUUUAGUAAACUGCCCGGAUGUUCUAGAAGAAUUUGAAAAGAGUAGAUUACAAUUGAUCGAUCGUUUCAAGAAGAAAACAAAUUUUUAUCCGAACGAUAGGGAUAUUGGAGAAUUUUUAAAUUAUCUUAAGUGUAGAGGAGAGAUGAUAACAUCAAUUUCGGUAGAACCAAAUACAGUAUACAUUAAUAUAACCAAAUAUUUACAUCAAAAGUAUGUCAAAAGUAGUAAAUUAGAGAAAGUUAUAAAACAUGAUAUUCUCCGUAUGUUAGUCAUUGAUUUAAGGAAAAAACAGUUAGAAUCUUUGGAAGAAUGGGAAAAUGAAAUGAAUACUAUCACUAAAGGUAAACCAUUAAUACGGGUGGAGAAUGUAAUAGACUUGGAAACAGCACCUCGAGACUUCUAUUAUAUAGAAGAUUAUCUACCUGGUAAUGGAGUUAUAAUACCUGAUGAUCCACCCAUUGGUUGCGAAUGCAAGUCUUGUAAUUCUAAGACAAACUGUUGCUUUGCCCAGGAUAACGGACUAUGUCCGUACACCCCGUCAUGUAAGAUUCGAGUUCCACCUGGAACACCGAUAUACGAAUGUAACAAACGAUGCAACUGCGAUAUGAACUGCUUCAAUCGAGUAGUGCAACGUGGCAGCAAGAUGAAGUUUUGCAUUUUUAGAACUGCCAAUGGACGGGGUUGGGGUGUGAAAACAUUACAAGCGAUUAAAAAAGGUUGUUUUGUCACACAAUAUGUGGGCGAAGUCAUAACAAAUGAGGAGGCCGAAAAACGUGGCAAAGAAUACGAUGCCGCUGGUAGAACAUACUUAUUUGAUCUUGACUAUAAUGAGUCUGAAGAAGAAUGUCCAUAUACUGUAGAUGCUGCCGUAUAUGGUAACGUUUCGCAUUUCAUCAAUCAUUCUUGCGAUCCAAAUCUCGCUGUCUAUGGUGUUUGGAUCAAUUGUCUUGAUCCGAAUCUUCCUAAGCUUGCAUUGUUUGCAUUGAGAGAUAUUAAACAAAACGAGGAAAUUACCUUCGAUUACAUGUGUCAAUCAUCAAAGAAUAGUGAAAAUUCUAUAAAGCAAAAUAUGUCGAUGAAGGAGAAUUUAAAUAUAUAUAUGAACACGGAAUUUCAAGAGGAGUUAGAACUACGUCCAGAGACACCAGAAUCAGACUUGUCGAAUAUUAGAACCUUAUGCAAAUGUGGCGCUCAAAGUUGUAGACGAUAUUUGUUUUGAAUAACUGUUUACAAAUUUAUUAUACUAAUAGCGUUAUAAACAUGUAGUUUUUAUCAGUUUGAUAAUCGUGCGAGAAACUAAAUAGGUUAAACACUAUGUUACUAGAAUCGAAUUGAAUUUCGGCUAUUUCUCUAUUCAUUUAAUUAUUAAACAAUAGAUUAUAUACUUACUUAGAAAAUAGUUAAAAUACUUAGGAAACGUUUGAUAAAGUUUUUACAAUUUUAUAUAUAUUUGUUAGAAAUAAUUAUAGUUGAAUUGUAUUACAUGUUAUAGUUAAUAUCUUUCUCUUUACUGUCACAAAUUAUUCAAAAUGACGAAAUGAAAGUGACAAAUUUUACUGUUUUCGAUUAUUUAUAUGAACGUUAUCAUAAACUUAAUACCACAAUAUGUAAUUCAUUAUAUCACAUAAUAUAAAAUGUUUAUGAUUAAAUGCUCGUAAUUUUAAUAUAAAUAAUCAUUAGAAACCUCUAUAUAUAAUAUUCACAUAGAAAAAGUCGUUUCAUGUUAAGAAUGUUAUGUAGCAUAGUUUAAAAAUGGAAAGUUAUUUUUGGUAAACAAAUGAAAUGUUACCAGUAAGAGUAACUUGAAGUGGUAUAAUAAUAAAAUAAAUUACAUUAGACACAUAGACACUUAUUCAUAGGAUUGCAAAUCAUGAAUAUCAAUAACUUAACAUUUAUUUUUCAUGUAUGAUCUAUUGUAUGUGUACAGAAUACGUACAAUAUAUUUUCAUUUGAUGUUUCUAUGAAACUAUAAUAUUAUAUUAAAAUCAUUUUGCUAAAAGUGCACCAUUUAAGUUGAGAUUAUAAAAAAUAUUUGUAGUAAAAAUGAACUUUCAAUGUGUAAAUUAUUGUAAUACAAUUUCAUAUAUGUCAAGUUCUUACAAUAAUUUUAAAUUCUAAUUAAUAGUAAUAUAAUAACAU